AUGAGGCUUCUCAGGUCAUUCUCAACACAAGCUCGCAGGCCCCCGUAUUCUGUCUUGUUUUUUGGAACUGACGAGUUUUCUGCCAUCACGCUCAAACGUUUGUUAGAGAGGCCAGAUGUUAUUCGACAUGUGGAAUUAGUUUGUCCUCCUGAUUCGACGCGGACCAAGAUACAGCAAUGUGCUGCCAAGACGUUUGCUGAAUCUGCGGGUGUAAAAAUUCAUCACGCACCUCCAAAAACACUCAAAGGAUGGGAUAUUCCAACCGCUUCAGAUACAAAUCAGUCUUUUGAUAUUGGACUUGUGGUGUCUUUUGGCUAUUUCAUUACAAAGAAGGUGCUUUCGUCCCUUCCUUUGCGUGCCGUGAAUGUGCAUCCGUCUUUACUACCUCGGUAUCGAGGUGCUGCACCUAUUCAGCAUUCGAUUCUUAAUGGCGAGACAGAGACAGGAGUCUCAAUCAUAGAACUACAUGAAGAGAAGUUUGAUGCUGGAAGACUACUGCGGCAAGCUCAACUUGCCAUACCACUUAACGUACACUACGAUCAACUACACGAUCAGCUUGCAGAACUUGGAGCACAAGAAUUGAUUUCGACUCUUGAGGACUUUCCAAAUCAUUUGCUCAAUGCCAAACUGCAAGAUGAAGCACUUGUAUCGCAUGCACCCAAGAUUCAAAAGUCACAAGCCCAUGUACAGUGGUCGCAAAUGAGUAGUCACAAUGUGUUUAGGCUUUACCGAGCAAUGGGCUCAAAAAUACCUGUCUAUACCACCUAUCGAGGAAAACGAGCUCAACUUAUAACACUACUGGAUCCUGUUAUUACCUCAUUCCCUUCAUCACUGAAUCGGAAUGCACCACCAGGCACUCUCGUAAUUGACUCUUCAAAGGCAGAUCCAGUCUUGUUUAUACGAUGCUCGAAUGACUGGAUUGGAUGUACAAGGCUUCACAUUCAGGACAAGAAGGAAGUCAAUAUUCAGCAGUUCAAAAAUGGGUAUCAGGUUUUGAAUUUCAAGGAGGCUUUUGGAUUGUAG